GAGGGGACGGCGGUGACUGCGGGGGCGGCGGCGGCGGGACAGCGCAGAGGCGGCUCUGAGGGGACGCGGGACGGACUCCGAGGCGGCUCUGACGGGACUCGGGGACCAUGGCAGACCACGAAGCGGGGCUCCCGCACAAGCCCCGGGCAGCGCCAGAUGAUGAAAACACUGGCCUUGGUGUGUGUGGAUGGAUCCUGGUGACCAUCUCGUUUAUUUUCACUGUUCUUACAUUUCCUAUAUCAAUAUGGAUGUGCAUAAAGAUUAUCAAGGAAUACGAGAGAGCCAUCAUCUUCAGACUUGGACGCAUCCUAAAAGGGGGAGCAAAGGGACCAGGUUUGUUUUUUGUCCUGCCUUGCACAGACAGCUUCAUCAAAGUCGAUAUGAGAACCAUCUCUUUUGAUAUCCCUCCUCAGGAGAUCCUGACCAAGGAUUCAGUGACAAUUAAUGUGGAUGGAGUGGUUUAUUACAGGGUGCAGAAUGCCACCCUGGCCGUGGCAAACAUCACCAAUGCCGACUCGGCCACCCGGCUCCUGGCACAGACCACCUUGAGGAAUGUCCUGGGCACCAAAAGCCUCUCUGAGAUCCUCUCUGACCGUGAGGAAAUUGCACACAGCAUGCAGGUCACACUUGAUGAUGCAACAGAUGAUUGGGGCAUUAAGGUGGAACGUGUGGAGAUCAAGGAUGUGAAGUUACCUGUCCAGCUGCAGAGAGCCAUGGCUGCAGAAGCAGAGGCUGCCCGGGAGGCGAGAGCCAAGGUGAUCGCGGCCGAGGGGGAGAUGAACGCGUCCAGGGCCCUGAAGGAGGCGUCCAUGGUGAUCACAGAGUCUCCUGCUGCUCUGCAGCUCCGGUACCUGCAGACCCUGACCACCAUCGCUGCCGAGAAGAAUUCCACCAUCGUCUUCCCCCUGCCCAUAAACAUCCUGCAGGGCCUCCUAGUACAGAUUAAUAAGAGAAGACCUGGAUUCCGCAUGGGUGAGGCUGGCAGCAGCAGUGCAUCUGACAUCCAUAAAUUCUGGGACGUGGCAAUGGAACUGAAAUGCCAAGAGUAAUGAUGUGUUUUAGGCCUGGGUACCUGUGCCUCGACACGCUGUGCCUUUGUCACUGGCAGGAGAUGCCCAAGUGCUGUUGCUUUUCUGCCUGUCUGCUGGGCAGGUUUUUCUCUGCAUCACCAAAGGAAUAUUGUGUUUGUAUUUGUCAAGGUGGCAGCUCAUGUAAGCUGAGCUUAACUUCUGGCUAGGAGCGGGAGAAUCAGUUAACAAAGCUGGAAUAAUUAGCAUUGCUGUGCUCAGGCACUUGGAGUGGGAAACAGAGCAAGUGCACAGCUCCAGGUUAAUCCUUAGGGAAGAUGAGUCACUGCAACUCCCGCUGCUGCUGCUGCAGGUGCCACCCCUGUGAAUUCUUGUUGACAGCACAAGAUGCUUUUUUCUCUCAUCCUGAAUAAAAAACAUGUUGUUUACUAAUGAGUGAGUUUUUGAAAUAGUAAAAUACUGUUUAUCAGGGUCUCAAAUGCAUAUCAUUCUGAAGAAGGGAAAGCAUAGCAGUCCCAAACUUCUCAAAAUAUUUUCUGUACCAUUUUAGUAAAAAGUCUAUGUGCAAAAGAUGGCACAAAGAAGGUUUUGUUUUCUAAGGCGUGUUCAAACAUGGGAUCUACGGCUGCUCUUUAAUGUUUUCUUCGUGUUUCUUUCUGAUGUUUGUUUCUUCGUAACAAACCCCACCAUUUCUGUUCUUCCCAUAUUUCAUACAAGCUUUAUUGUAUUAAAUAUAAUCAAAGCAAGGAAUGGG